AUGGUUAGAAUGCGCAGACUCAAAUCGACACCAGCGUGACAUGAGCGAUUACGAAGACGACCGGGAAGUCGUUGAUAUAGUUUAUGACGACGAUGGCACUGACAGACGAGCUCACCAUAACGCUUUAGAGAGAAAACGGAGAGACCACAUCAAAGACAGUUUCGUUAGCUUGCGGGACGCUAUCCCAGAAAUCGCAGGAGAGAAGGCGUCACGUGGUCAGGUUCUGAAUAAAGCGACUGCAUAUAUUGAGACUCUGCGGAAGAAGACGCAAGAACACGAAAAGGAUAUCGAGGCAUUGAAGAAGCAGAAUGUUGUUUUGGAACAGCAAAUUCAAACGCUAGAGAAGGCAAGAGCCAAUGGAGCAUUUGUAAAGCCUCAGCAAGCAUCCCAUCAUGUUGCAUCAAUAGAGGAACCCACACAGUCAGAUUCGAAUAGCGAACCGACAGCUAAACGAACGAAACCGACGUCCGAAAAUUGACAGAUUUCUUCUGCUCUUUGGUAGUCAUUUUUUGCAUCAUACAACACACAAGUAUACAUUUAUUGAAACUGAAACGGUAUCACUUGCAUGGCACUUUGCUUGCUUUUC